AGGCGCUUUGGACCGCAAAUGGCCGUGUCUCUGCGCUCAGACACCGGCACACAUCACCGCACUCCUCCACGCGGCGCGUUCCACAGGCUGCGGGGGUUGACGCGGAUUUCAUGCUACAGGUGUUUUUGAAGUCCUCCUGCUGUGAACUUGGCCCAUCCACUGGAUACCCUUCUUACGUGACACCCACUGGGAGUUGAUAAGUUGGUCAGCAGAGGGUUAGGAGAGAUGAAGACAUGUGCCAUGUUUAUGGCAGCUCUGCUGUUCCCCAGCAUUCAAGCAGUGUGUCCGGACAAGGAGCCAGGACUGCAGCCAUGGAGGCCAGGACAUAGUGAAGACCACCGUGUUACAAUCGGUUAUGGCAGGAAGGUUCUCCUAACCACUUCAGCUACGGUCCACUCCAUUGAGAUUCUUGGUGGAGGAAAGCUGGUGAUUGCUGACACCAACCGGGCCAUACUGCUUCGAACAAAACACAUUCUGAUUGGGAACAAGGGGGAAUUGCACAUUGGAAGCCCAGCCUGUCCUUAUAAAGGAAACCUCACCAUCUCCCUUUAUGGAAGAUUGGAUGACAGUGAUGAUGAACACAGUUACUUUGGGAAAAAGUACAUUGGCGUGGGGACAGGAGGGACACUAGCGAUCCACGGAGAAAAUAAGCUGGCAUGGACGUUUCUCAACAAGACCCUGCACCCGGGAGAGAGCAACCAAAACAGCUAUCUGUUCCAGAGAAGCUGGGGGAGCCGAGGCAUCAUUAUCCAUGUCAUUGACCCCAAGACUGGAGAGGUUCUGGAAAAUGACAGAUUUGACACAUACCGUACUAAGAAUGAGAGUCGUCGCCUUGCAAAGUAUGUGGAUGGUGUGGAGACCGGGCUGAUUCUGGCCAUGGUGGUCAAUGACGAGGGCUCCAACAACUUGGAGGACUUGGCCAAGAAGAGCCUCUCUAGGGUGGGCAGCCACCUAAUAAGCACUCUGGAAUUUCGGGAUCCCUGGACCCUUAUAGUAACAAAAGGAAAUGCGUCUUCUGCAGUGGAGGGCUAUGCCAUCUAUCAAGGUACCAAAGCUUCUUCAGAGGCCCGGAGCUCUGCUGUUUUUCAGUUGGCUUAUGGGGAGCGUUUCACUGUCACCACCACCAGUCAAUGGGUGCAAGAGGCCGAGUGGACAGAAUGGUUUGACAGGGACGAUGAGAGGGGAUCUGGAGACUGGGAGAAAGUGUCUGACCUGCACAAAGCCUACCCAGAAAGACUGUGUGGCAGUCCACUAGACAUCCAGGCUGAAACCCAUGAUGGAACACCAGCCAACCAGACUGGAGAUGUUAUCCACAAGAAUGUAAAGGAUUAUGGGUUUGUCUGCCUCAACAAGGACCAAGCUCAUGGCUUCUGUCUCAACUACAGGGUUCGCUUCCUCUGUGGAAAACUGGUUCGUCCGCAGGCCACCAUUUCCAUCGAUAUUUUUUCCAACAGCAGCAUACUGGAGCUGGCCGACCAACCAGAGGGCUGGAAGUCUGGAGACCAGGUUGUCAUGGCCAGUACUGACUACUCAAUGCAUCAGGCCGAAGAGUUCACCCUGUUACCCUGCCCUACUUGCAAUUCCAAUCAGGUCAAGAUCCAAGGUAAGGCCCAGUUCAUCCACAUGGGUGAGGAAGUGGACGGGGUGGACAUGAGGGCGGAGGUUGGCCUGCUGAGCCAUAAUAUUCGGCUCCGUGGUGAGAUGGAAUCUGGCUGCUACGGUAACGAGGCCUGCAAAUUUUUCGAGUUCGACACUUUUGGUGGACAUUUGAAGGUGGAGCGGGGCUUCAGGGUAGUUCAUAUAUCCGGGAUGGAGCUGCAGCACAUGGGCCAGCAGACAAUGGGACACUACCCGAUCCAUUUCCACAUGAACGGAGACGUGGACGAGAAAGGAGGUUACGACCCACCGACAUCUAUCAGCAAUCUCUCCAUCCACCACUCUUUUUCCCGCUGUGUAACCAUCCACAGCUCCAGUGGACUGCUGGUGAAGGAUGUGGUUGGCUAUGACGUACUCGGCCACUGUUUCUUUCUGGAGGAUGGUCCAGAAGAGAGGAAUACAUUCGACCACUGUUUGGGUCUUGUGGUGCGAGCCGGGACUCUUCUGCCUUCAGAUAGAGAUGGCAAAAUGUGCCGAGACAUCACUGACGGAGCCUACCCAGGAUAUGUGGCCAACCCUCGGCAGGACUGCAGUGCCACUUCAACUUUCUGGAUCGCCAACCCUAAUAACAACCUCAUCAACUGUGCUGCUGCAGGUUCCGAGGAAACAGGUUUCUGGUUCAUCUUCCACCAUGUGCCUACUGGGGCCUCAGAGGGGCUGUACUCCCCCGGACAAACGGAACACACACCCAUGGGAAAAUUUACCAACAAUAGAGCCCAUUCCAACAACAGGGCUGGAAUGAUCCUUGACAAUGGAGUAAAGACCACCCAGGCAAACAACAAGGAUAAGAGACCCUUCCUUUCUCUGAUUGGAGCCAGGUAUGGCCCCCAUCAGGAUGCUGAUCCCUUCAAACCUAGAGUCCCUGCCCUAAUCCAACAUUUUGUAGCCUUCAAGAAUCAGGACCACGGAGCCUGGCUGAGGGGAGGAGAUGUCUGGCUCGAUCACUGCCAAUUUGCUGAUAAUGGAAUUGGCCUAACUCUGGCAAGUGGAGGGACGUUUCCAGAUGAUGACGGCUCUCGUCAGCAGGUGAAAAACUCGCUCUUUGUUGGGGAAAGUGACAAUCGUGGGAUGCCGCUCCUUGACAACAACAUCUGGGGCCCUGGGGGCACUGACCUGACUGACAGAACAUUACCCCGUGGCAUAGAUUUUCCUAUCCGAGGGAUGCAGAUCUAUGAUGGGCCUAUCAACAUGCAGAAUUGUACGUUCCGGAAAUACACAGCAAUGGAUGGACGGCACACCAGUGCCUUUGGCUUCAGGCUCAACAACUCAUGGCAGAGCUGCCCCAACAACAAUGUGUCUAACAUCAUCUUUGACCGCGUACCAAUCAGUUCACGGGUGUUUUUUGGGGAGCCAGGUCUCUGGUUCAAUAAGAUGCAGAUGGACGGGGACAAAACGACCAUCUUCCACGAUAUUGAUGGUUCAGUCAGCGAGUACCCCGGAGUCUUCCUGGUUAAAGAGGACAACUGGUUGCUCCGUCACCCCGACUGCAUUGACGUGCCCGACUGGAAGGCUGCCAUUUGCAGCGGCCGCUAUGCACAGAUCUACAUCCAGACACGUAACCCUGCCGACCUUGUCAUGCACAUGGUGAGGGAUGAGUAUCCUGAUCGGCCCCUAACACUGGAGGGCGCGCUGGGGAAAAAGAAACACUACCAACAGUUCCAGCCAGUGAUCACACUGGCCAAAGGCUACACUAUCCACUGGGACCAGGAGACACCUGCUGAGGUCACCAUUUGGCUCAUCAACUUCAACAAAAAUGACUGGAUCAGCGUGGGCCUCUGCUACCCACAAGGCACCACCUUCACCGUCGUCUCGGACAUCCACAACCGCCUGACCAAGCAGACCCGCAAGACUGGCGUUUUCAUGAGUACAACACAGAUAGAGAAGAUCAACCACUCCCAUCUGGCGAGAGGAUACUACUACUGGGAGGAAGACACUGGGCUGCUCUUCUUGAAGGUCAAAGCCCAUAAUGACAAGGAACAGUUUGCCUUCUGCUCCGUCAAGGGUUGUGAGAGGGUAAAAAUCACAGCCAUCGUCCCUAGAGGCAGUCUACCCAGAAACUGCAUGGCCAAGGCUUACCCCAAACACGCUGAGCUGCCCAUUGUGGAUGUACCGAUGCCGAGAAAGAGACAGAAUGCCAGGCUGCACUCGUCAGAACACUUCUUGGAGGUCAAACUAGAGUCCUAUAAUUCCCAAUAUUUCCACAUCAAAGAGGACUUUGCCUUUACUGAGGUGAACGGCAGGAAGUUGUACCAACCAGUCGAUGGGUUGCAGAUGACCGUUAUUGACGGACAUGAUGGGAAGGUCUUAGAGAGCAAAGGAUUCAGGAACUCCAUCUUACAGGGUAUCCCAGCACAGAUAGACAACUACGUCAGUGGACUGAGAGAUGGUUCAAUCGUCCUCAUCACAUCUAAGGGUCGUUUGGUUACCAGAGGAACCUGGAUUAAAGUCUUGGAAAGACUUGGAGCAGACAAAAGCAUAACAUUAAAAGAUAAGCUGACAUUUGUGGGCUUCAAGGGCUCCUUCCAUCCGGACUGGAUACGUAUGGAGGUAGAUUUCAACCGAGCCAAGAUUCAUCUGGUUCUGCCUGUCCCUGUGGUCCGCAAGAUGAAGCUAUAAAAGUUGGCUGAGUGGUGAGGACAGCGAUGAGAGUAUGAAGCCCCCAGACCAUAACAUAUGCUGCCAAUAUACCCACCCAAAAAAUAAUAAACACAUACGCACUGCCAGCAGCGGAUGUCAGUUGCCACAAGCUCAGUGUUUUUUUUCUAGAUUUGGCAAUGAGAAAGACAUUUUGUGUUUUGUAAAGGGGGAAAAACGUAUGCAUGCAUGGUCAAACAUGAUAACUCAUCGAGUAAGGCAGGCAUGUCCAAAGUCCGCCUAAACACGGCCCCGCGGUCACAUCUCAUAAUGUGUUAUUUAUGGCUUGCUGGCUCGGUCAGAAUAAAUUAGAAAAUGCAUUUCCUGCUGAAAAUGUAUUGGAAUGCAUGAAGCUGAAAUUAAUUUCAGAAAGUUGCUUGAAGUACAGAAAUGAAAAAAGCAGAAAUUAAUUCUAAACAUUGCUGAAAGAAUAGAAAUAGGAGAAGUUGAAAUUAAUUAAAGAAUUGCUAAAAAAUACAGAAAUGAGAAAACCUGAAAUGAACUUGAAAGAAUUGCAAAAAAAAACAGAAAUGGGAGAAGCUUAUAUGAAUUUGAAAAAAUACAGAAAUAAUUUAAAUUAAGAUUGGAUGGGUCCUCGCUACUCCUUGCACGUUGGGGGACUGGCCAGAUGGUUAGAAAUGCGGUUGUUUAAUCCCUGGGAGGAGUUCGGUCUUUUACAACUCUAAAAAAUGAUGAAAAUAUGCCAAAAAAGGCACAUCUUUAAUGAUUAAAUGCAGCGCCCCCUAAAGUUCAUAAAUUAUUAAAAAAUUAGGGUGUGUUCAAUGUUUACACAUCUUGCAAUUUUGGUGAGGGCAAGCCAAGCCAUUUGGAAGUUAUACAUUUUGCCAGAUUAAGCCACACCCCUUGCAAAGUUCAUUAUCCAUAAUAUAUUCUUAAAACCAUAAUACAGGUCAGAAGUGAUCAUAUGGAUGUUUAAAGGGUGAGAAAUUCAUGCUAUAUGAGAAAUAUGGAACAGAUUAGAUAAAGUAUGGUCGAGUUAUAACAACUUCAAUGUUCGUGGCGAAUGGUGGUUUUUUGAAAAUGCUCCCUACACACAUAGUUUGUAAAUUCUUCCAGCAUAAUGCAAAUAUUAGAGCCUAAGGUCUCAGGAUCACACUGCGCAAUUUUGAAAAGGAUCGGGUUUAAUCCCUGGGAGGAGUUCGGUCUUUUACAACUGUAAGAAACCAUGAUAAAAGGCCAAAAACAGGCCAAAAAGGCAGAUCUUUAACCAUUAAUUACAGCGCCCCCUAUACUUAAAAAAUUAUGGAAAUAUUAGUGUGUGUUUAGGGCUUCAAUGUUCACACAUGCUAUAAUUUUGGUUAGGGCAGGCCAAGUCAUUUGGAAGUUAAAAAUCUGCCAGAUUAAGCCACACCCCUUGCGAAGUUAAUUAGCCCAUAUCUCAUCAAAACAAUGACUUAUCAGCACCAUUCUGAUUUAUCAAGGGCACAUUGAACCAAUAAUGAUUCACCAAUUCGGUUUCGUGACGAUCAAACUCAGCGUUUAGGAGAAAUUGCCAAAAAUGUGUUGAUCGGACAUCGGGGGCGGAAACUGGCCUAGUGUGUUCUUUUUUUAAAUUCUAGAGGGCGCUAUAGAUACAUUUCUUUAUACCCAAAAGUGAGACCCAAAAGUGAUGACAUUUUUUAACAGUCCGGAUAUCCAUGCCAAAUUUACCAACUUUUUCAAUAUGAUAAAGGCCCGAAAAAGGCCCGCGGUUCGUGAGAAUAAUAACAAUAAUUCUUUGAAAUACAAUAGGUUCCUCUACGAGUCGUAGCGAGGACCCUAAUAAAAGCUUAAAUUACUUCUAAACAUUGCAGAAAUAGGAAAAGCUAAAAUUCUUUUUAAAAAAUGGCAAAUAAUACAGAAAUGGGAGUAGUAUUAUAAAUAUUAGUAGUAGUAAAAGUCAUUUUAAUAUUAAUACCAGUUGAAAUACUAGAAGUACUACUAGAAGUACUAGCAAUAUUACCAGUGGUUGUGGUACUAUUGGGUGAGGGGGUGGGGGGUGGAGAGACAGAAUAUUUUUUUUUCAAACUAAGAAGUUAUUAUAGGUUAUUGAUAGGCCUCAUCAAACAUUACAAUACGAAUUCCCUCCAUAGGGUGGUUGUUUUGAAAUGAUGGGAUUGGGGGGGGGGAGAAAAAGAGAGAAAACUGGAAAGGGGGAGGGAGGAAUAGAGGAAGAGGCUAAGGAAGGGGGAGAUGUAGUAUUACUACCAAUACAACUACUUUUACCAUCAGUACUAUUACAGUGGGGCAAAAAAGUAUUUAGUCAGCCACCAAUUGUGCAAGUUCUCCCACUUAAAAAGAUGACAGAUGCCUGUCAUUUUCAUCAUAAGUAAACCUCAACUAUGAGAGACAAAAUGAGGAGAAAAAAUCCAGAAGAUCAUAUUGUCAGAUUUUUAUUUUAUUUUUAUUUGCAAAUUAUGGUGGAAAAUAAGUAUUUGGUCAAAAACAAAAGUCCAUAUCAAUACUUUGUUAUAUAUCCUUUGUUGGCAAUGACAGAGGUCAAACGUUUUCUAUAAGUCUUCACCAGGUUCUCACACACAGUUGCUGGUAUUUUGUAUUUUUAGAUUUAUUAAUUUCUUUUUCAUUUCUAUAUAAUUUUUGAAAUUAAUUCCAGCUCUAUGCAUUCCGACGCAUUUUUAGCAGGAAAUGCCUUUUCUAGUUUUUUACUAGUUUGCGAUGAAAGCACAGAUGCAUUGACACUGCACAAAUACCUAUUUUUUUUAGAGUAGUCAAUGAGGAACGUGUCAGAGGAGCUGCUUGACCUUAAGAGUCUUAAAGGACAAACCAGAGGAACCGAUUUAUUUGUUUAUGUUUGCAAAACUGUCACGGAGUAAAGUUUCUGGGAUCAUUACCGAUAAUGCUCCCGCCAAGGCUGGUGAACGAAGUGGUUUGUCCACACUGAUUGGCAAUAAAGUCUGCGGAGACGCAGGUAACGCCAAACAUCUCAAAUGAGACGAUGUCAUAAAACCAGUGGCAAAGGCAAUCAAUUCUAUUCGCUCUAAAGCUCUGUACAACCGACAGUUUCAGGGACAAGGUAAGAAGGGACAACCAAAGGAAGAACUGUCCAAUCCUCAAAUCUAGCCUUUUUGGUUGAUUUAACGAAGCAUCUGAAUGCGCUAAUCUUCAAGAAAAGACUUUGCAAUUAAGAAAAAGGACAUAUUGAUUUUCUCUUCUCCCUACUCUGUGGACCCUGAUGAUGCUUCUCCACAACUGCAGCUGGAGCUCAUUGAGCUGCAAGUGUGACGAUGAGUGCCGUGGAAAACACCAUCAGUGUCUAAGAAAAUUCUGAGCUUAUUUGGCUCCACAUAUUUGUGUGAGCAAACAUUCUCAGUCAUCAACUUAAACACAAACCGAUUGAGGUCAUGGAUGAGUGACUCCGACGUGCGUGACAUUUUCCGAUCCCAUUAUCCAGCUCAAAUUAAAGACAUUAUUAACAUCAGAAUAUCUCUGUUCCCCAAAGGCGAAUCUGCACUCAAACUCUCUCGUUAGUUUGAACCAGAUGUCAAUCAUCAGGAUAAUGUCGCGUGCGCGUUUUACGUUAGAAAGCGCAAUUUUUCAAAAGUACAGCUGCAAAUAAACUUAAAGAAAGCGUCUUUAUUCUCCACUGACAAGCAGGAGAUGAUGAUGAUGAUGAACGCAUAUAAGGAGAUAAUAUGUAUAUUUGAAUCAUUUCUGUCGGAUUAAUAGAACAUAAUGUGUAUCUUUUACGUAGUUCAUUUAUAAGUUCAUCGCAGUCUGUCCAUCCUAGGGAAGGAUCCUCCUCUGUCUCUCUAAAGGUUUCAUCCCUUGGAGUUUUUAAUGUGCCGUGUGAGGGAUUCUGGGCACAGGAUAUCACAUGUGUUCAGACUGUACCGGAGCAGGUUUACGUUUUUUGAUGUGUUAGUAUUGUGAUUUAGCCAAACCUGCUUCGAGGAACCGAAAAGCCUCAUCUACACCAUCUCAUCCUGAAAAUUAUCCGGCUAACUCACGUACAAUAGUACGAGGAACAGGGCCCUGGUCGCUUUUCUGAAAUCUAGGUAUCAGUACCACCCUUCUCAUUUGUGUCAGCAAGUUAUCUGUUCCUUGAUCAAUCUGAUAUUGAGUGUUUAAAAUGGUAACACAAUGGCACAGUGAAAAGCCUGAAGUACACUAAUGCUGAGGCAAAUUGGUAAUUUGUGAUUUUGGGCUAAACAAAAUGAAAUGAAUUGAAUAUGUAAUAGAAAAAGCAGACUCUUGGGACCAUGCUAGUAGGUCAUUUUUAUUUAUGUGAUAUCCGUUCAUUUUGUUCUACUUAAUUUAAUUUUUUUAUUUUAGGGGGUUUUAUAUCUCAAAAGUUUGAUAUGCAUAUCAGGACAUUGGAUAUAAAGAAAUGUCUCAAUAGUGCCCCCUAGAAAUGUUAAAAGUACCACAUUUUUUCCUCUGUUGGCAGAUUGACUUGAGAUGUACCUACUUAGAUUUUCUGCUAUUUUGAACUUUGUAAAAAAAACUAUUUUUCCCACUCCUUCUUAAUGCUAAUGGGUAAAGAAAGAACUCCUCCAGAAGAUUAAUCCCAAUUAUUUUCAAAUUUGGGCAGUAUGAUCUUUGCCUUUAAAAAAAAUCAUAAAGCUUGACAAAAUAAAGUAUCUGAGCGUGGUGCUUUUGCGAAAUACCACAAUUUGCCAGGAAAAUGGAAGUAGUUUUUAACUUGGCUGUAAAUCAUCUAGUCUACUCCACAUUUGUGUGAUUACACGUAUGUCUACAGGGAAAGGUCCCUGUACUCAUCGAAUUGCUCAUUUUGAAUCCUAGUCAUAGCGUCACCUAGUGGUAACAGGAAGUUACAUGUUUUUUAUUUCAUACCAUGCUUUUCGCAGAUUAAUCAGAUCUCUGUCAAAUGUUUUCAGAAAAGACAAAAGACCUUGAUAAUGUUAAAGAUAAUGUUUGCAUAGUUUUGUCCAACGGCAUUCUUGGCCUCAUUUGUAGCUGUCCUGCCACUGCCCUGGCAUGCGCGGAGUAGCAGGUCCAUCGGUGCUUGCAGCUUUAAUUAUGAAUUUUAUCUGUUUAAGAACUGGAGAACUAGAUAACACCAUCUCUUGUGGCCAUAGUUGCAGUUUGUAUCUCUUCAGUAAAAGUGGGUCACAAAAGCCAAGGUUGAUUGUAGAAAAGUUGCUGUCUCCAUGGUCAUCAAUAGACAUAACUGAUAUUGGUCCCGUAUCGGACUGAGCAAUAUCAUUGUAUCAUGAAACACAUUGCUAUACAACGUUAACGUGUCAGCUAAAUUAACCAUUGGAUUUGGUCAGAAAAAAACACAUGAAUCUCUUUCUUACUUAUUGAUGUUAAUGUUAACAUGUCAUUUAGGUGAUGCUUUUAUCCAAACCGACUUACGACAAGUGCAUUUCAACCAUAGAGAUACAAACUUAGAAGAACAAUAAUCAAGAAAUUGCAAUUUUCAUCAUAAACUUAAAGAUAAGUGCCAUUAUAAGUACAAUUUAAGUGCUACAAUUCGUUAGUGUUUUAGUCAAAGUAUAGUCUUUAUAUUGGCCUGUUUGUUAUUUGGUAGGCCUGUCCAUGACUCUGACAUAUUUAAGCCUGCUAUACAGAGGAAAGAUGUGAUAUAGAAAACAGUUCAGCCUUUUAACAUUUCACAAAGAUCACAGAACCACUUCAUUCAAAGCAUACUGACUAUGAGAUAAUUUGGUUAGUAAGUGAGUGUUGUGAGACUAUGCUGUUGAAAGAUAUUGAUGUCUGACAGCAUCCUACUAAAGUACCUUGCAGUUCACAUUCAUUUACGUCCAUGAAGAAGAAGAAAGUUGAUAGUGAUGUUUUCCUCCAAAUUUUUCUAAUUUCUGUGUUUGUGAAUCAUCGUUCUGCAUUUUUGAAAGUGAAUCAGCAAAGCUCAUGAUUAGACAAUUAAAAUGAAUAGUCAGUUGAAUGUUGAAACAGGGAAUCUUUAAAUGUCCCCAUUUCAAGACAAAAAAGAAACCUUUGUUUAAAUCUGGCAAAAAUAAGUUGGGUUUUUCGGCGAAUGUAUCAGCAAUUUUGUGUUUAAUGUAAAUUUAAAAAUCUACAAAUUGCUAAGAGAUAUGUUCUAUACUUAUUUAUUGUACAUACACAGCUAAUCAAAAUCUCCAAUUUCCAAAAUCUUUAAGUUGUAAUUUGUCCUGUAUGUACACUGCAUGUAAGAAAUCAUUAUAGCUCGUUUAAAAAUUUGUAGCAGCCAUUUUUACUGCAUAUUUGCAUCUGAAUUGGUCAAGUAUUUUUUUUGAGUGUGCACCAAAUAGAUGUGGGUUGUAUUUGAUUGGGCCUUUAAAGCUCCAUGACUUCUUUGAGGACUUUUGUACAGAAAUAAAUAUAAAUAUGGACCAAUUUGUGUGACUUGUAACUAAUUAUUUUCUUCAUGCAACAAUCAAAACACAAAACAUAAUGAAUGUGUUUUUAUGAUGACCUGUGUUUCCCUAGGUUCACAAGUCAGGGGCCGUGGACGGCACGGUCGACAGUGAGGUGGGGGUGAUCGUUGCAGAUACGGUGUGCUUGUGUCGAUGGAACUGCUGACGCAUAGUGGGAAUUGGAAAAGCAACACUGAUGGGAGGGAAAAUAUUUUUUCUUUCUGUAAAAGCUUCAAGUUUGACAUAUGUAAUCUAGGACAGUGGUUCUCAACUUGUCUGGCUCCGGGACCCACCUUU